AUGAGCAGCUUUGACUCGGUCGGGACGUUGCUGGCGGCCAUCGCGAACCUGAUCGCCGAGGGGCUGCGCAUCCUCAGCUUGGCCGAUAAGCGUCAGUGGGGACCCGACGAGCACGAACAAGUGCGAGCCCUCACCGUGGUGCUGGACGAGGCCAAACAAGACUUCCAGGAUCUUUCACCCCUCGUCAAUGGACAGAUCUACUACGAAAACGAUCGCAAACAUGAAUCGUUAGAAGAAUUGAGGGCUUUGAGAGCCCUGUUUAACACUCACGUACAAAACCUAAGAGACUGGAGCCGCUCAGGCGGCCCCAUCAACCCCAUAUGGGUGCGCGAGACGCACGACCUCCAGCGACAACUCCACCGCGCGCAAUGUCGCGCCGCGCGUCGCAUCUUCACAUCCGAAAAGGAGGCCUCUUCACGUUGCCUAGGCGCCUUCCUGGUGUACCGGAAACAGCGGGAGUGGACUAGAAACCGGGCCGUCCCCGACGAGGCGGAAUACCAACGAAGGUAUCGGGAGGAGCUUCAACUGUGCAACACCGUUGGUGCAUUCCAACGAUUCAGCGACCGCGAUAUAGCAUUCGUAUGCGAUUAUUGCGACGGGCACAUCAUCUGGGAAGACCUUGAGGCCAUGCCCUCAAUCCGAACUUUUCAGGAGGCCGCCGCAUCGCCCAUUUUAACCCUGUCCCCCACGACGGACAACCCCCACUGGCAAGCCACCGGUUUCAGCAUCUCCGCCCACGAGGAGAAGCAGGUCGUAUUUGCCCCUGUUGCCAUCGCAAAUCAUGUGGCGCCGCAACACCGCGACUGGCUGGCAGGUCUACUAUGCCCGUACUGCGAAGAUGAGUCGGCCGAGCCCCAAGAAGAGUACGACGACGACGAUGCGUAUCACCCAGAUCUCGGCUACGAGGAAAUAGGCACCUUUCAAGAACACCUCGAAUGGCAACACACGACUACUGCACCGACAUCUUCACAACCGGCGAAAACGGAUAGCUGCCAGGUGAUGUAG